AUGAAAUUUGGUCAGCAGUUAAGUAAAUCAUUGAUUCCUCAAUAUAGUUACUACUAUAUUUGCUAUGAUGAUUUGAAGAGUGACAUAGAGGAGAAUUUGAAAAAUGGAUGGAGUCAAGAAUUAGAGACUGAGUUUCUUGAAUCAUUAGAGAUUGAAUUGGAUAAAGUUUAUAGCUUUUGCAAAGUCAAACACAGUGAGAUUAUUAGAAGAUUGAAGGAUGCUUAUUUACAAGUUAAACACACUAUUCGUUUGAUCGACUCUAAUAAUCCUCCAAGUGAAUUGGAUUUUAAUAUUCUAGAGGAAGAAUUGAGUGAUAUUAUCGCCGAUGUUUAUGAUUUGGGUAAAUUCUCAAGAUUAAAUUAUAUUGGGUUUCAAAAGAUCUUGAAGAAGCAUGAUAAGAAGACAAAAUUCAUUUUGAAGCCUAUUUUCCAAGUCAGAUUAGAUUCGAAACCUUUUUUUAAAGAAAAUUAUGAUGAGUUAGUUGUUAAAAUUUCUCAGUUAUAUGAUUUAGUUAGAACUAGAGGUAAUCCAAUUCGUGGUGAUGCUGCUGCUGGUGGUAAACAACAAAAUUUUGUGAGACAAACUACUAAGUACUGGGUUCACCCAGAUAAUAUUACAGAAUUAAAACUAAUCAUUCUAAAGCAUUUACCAGUGUUGGUUUUCAAUGCUAAUAAAGAGUUUGAGCGAGAAGAUUCUGCUAUUACAUCCAUUUAUUACGAUAAUGAAGAUAUGGAUUUAUAUUAUGGACGUUUAAGGAAAGAUGAAGGUGCUGAAGCACACAGAUUAAGAUGGUACGGUGGUAUGUCCUCAGAUACCAUUUUUUUGGAAAGAAAAACACAUAGAGAAGAUUGGACCGGUGAAAAAUCUGUCAAGGCAAGGUUUGCAUUGAAGGAACCCCACGUUAAUGAUUUCUUAAAGGGUAGAUAUACUGCUGAACAAGCAUUUGCUAAGAUGUAUAGAGAAGGUAAAAAAUCAAUCAAAGAAAUCGAAAGUUUAGAGGCUUUGGCCAUUGAAAUUCAAUAUACAAUGUUAAAGAAGAAGUUAAGACCGGUUGUAAGAUCUUUUUAUAAUAGAACCGCCUUUCAGUUACCAGGUGAUGCUAGAGUUCGUAUUUCACUUGACACUGAACUAACUAUGGUAAGAGAAGAUAAUUUCGAUGGUUGUGAUAGAACACAUAACAAUUGGAGGAGAAUGGAUAUUGGUGUUGAUUGGCCGUUCAAACAAGUAAAAGAUAAAGACAUAUGUAGAUUUCCAUACGCUGUGCUAGAAGUUAAAUUACAGACCCAAUUAGGACAAGAGCCACCUGAAUGGGUACGUGAACUGGUAAGUUCACACUUAGUCGAACCUGUACCAAAAUUCUCCAAAUUCAUUCAUGGUGUAGCUACUUUAUUAAAUGAUAAUGUUAAUCAAAUUCCAUUUUGGCUGCCUCAAAUGGAUGUAGAUAUCAGGAAGCCUGCAUUAUCGGAUCAAAUGAACAUUACAAGACCAGUUAGAUAUGACUCUGAUAUCGACAAUGAAUUUGACUUAGAUGAUGAGGAUGAAGAGGAUGCUGCUUUGGUAGCAGCAAUGAAUGGUCCAGCAGGAAAUUACAUGGACCAAGAGGAACGUGUUGGUUAUGGAUCAAUCGAAAAUAACCAAUCUGGCAGUGGCUCUCGUCAUAAUAACGAUGGCCAAUUAGUUCAAAGUGAGCCUGUAAAUAGAAUUGAGGGUGUAAAUGGAACAUAUAAUGAACGUCGCAUUGCCAGUGCAAGUAAUUUAAUAUCGAAGAACUAUUACAGAUUCGUGCAAUAUUUAGAUCAUUAUUUUAAUGGCGAUCAAAUAAGCAAAGUGCCAGUUGGUACAGUUUUUGAUUCAAAAAUUACAGCACCCCCAGGUAAGACCAUAUGUGUGCCCGUCCGUGUCGAACCAAAAGUAUAUUUUGCCACAGAGAGAACUUUCUUAUCAUGGAUAUCCAUUGCAAUCAUUCUAGGUGGUGUAUCUACCGCAUUAUUAACUUAUGGAACACAGACUACUAUGAUCGCUUCAUUGGGAUUUUUCUUAACAUCUUUAUUUGUAAUAGCACGGACGACAUAUGUUUAUAUUACAAGAGUAAUUAAUAUCAGACAAAAAAAGGCUGCAGAUUAUGAAGAUAAGUUAGGGCCAUCAUUAGUUUGUGCAUUUUUAUUAUUAUCUAUGAUAUUCUCAUUCUAUUGCAACCUAGCUUAG